AUGGCACAGGAAUACUCGAAAGACGGCGCUGACUCUGUGGAGUCACCGCGCCCGUUUCUCAGUCGGAGUCAACCUUCUAUCCAUCCAGGGCUUCACCCUUCUGUAACAGACGUGCCAGUCACUCCGGCUAUCGACAACUCAGCAUAUCAAUCUGGCAGCAGUGGUGCGGACGAAUCAUACUUUACGCGCAACAUACAUAAGGGAGGGAAUAACACAAUGGCACCACAAUCGCCUACAGAAGCUGCCUCUGGAGCAACAUCGAACCAAGAUAUCUUACGCCGAAUGAGUAUGGGUAGCCCCAAAAUGCAGAGGAAGGAUUCACUUUUCGAGAUUGAUCCCCGCGCCGCGAACCCAUCAUUAAGUCUUAGUGGGGGGAUGAUCUCAGCAACUUUCUGUAUUCCAUAUUCUCUGAAAUAUCGCAAGGGACAAGCUUGGGGCUUGACCUCUCGUCGCGGCACGUCUGCCCUCUUUGACUCCUUCACAUACCUCUCCUCCGACAAGACUCCAUGGAACCAUACCCUUGUGGGCUGGACUGGAGAAAUCGAUAACUCAGUCGACCUGACCCCUCCAGAUACCCCGCCAGCAGCAGGUCCUGCACAGGUUGUUCCCCUCAACAAGAAUUCUGCGCCAAUUCCAGUUGAUGCGUUUGCACAACCUGCCGCGCCAGCGCAAGCAGAUGGAAUACACAUUAGCCAAGCAGACAAAAAGCAGUUGGAACGACAACUGGCACAUGAGAAAUCAGGUAGGACGAUACCGGUAUGGUUGGCAGACAAUGUAGAGAGCGACGGAGAUGGAGAUAUUACACUGAAAGAUCAAGCACGUUGGAGACGAUUUGCUGAAUCUGAGCUGUACACUCUUUUCCACUACAAACAGCAUGAGCCUACGAAUGGUCGAGCAGAACGACAAGCAUGGGCCGACUAUUAUCGGAUGAACCAGAUGUUCGCAAAUCGUAUCCUUGAGGUCUAUAAGCCCGGAGACAUCGUCAUGAUCCACGACUAUCACCUCCUUUUGCUCCCGAGCAUGCUACGACAAAGGGUGCCGCAUAUGUAUAUAUCCUUCUUCCUACAUAUCCCCUUUCCUAGUAGUGAGUUCCUUAGAUGUCUGCCUAGGAGAAAAGACGUGCUAGAGGGUGUAUUGGGGGCCAACUUGAUUGGAUUCCAGUCCUACAGUUAUUCGCGGCAUUUCGUUUCUUGCUGUACUCGAGUCCUAGGCUUCCCAUCGGAUUCUGACGGUGUUGAUGCAUACGGCGCAAAAGUCACUGUUUGCGUGUUUCCAAUCGGCAUUGAUGCGGCCACAAUUGAGCGAUUAGCUUUUGAUGAUCCUGGUGUUGAUGGCAAGGUAGCUGCAUUACGGGAGAUGUACAAGGGAAAGAAAGUAAUUGUUGGGCGAGACCGUCUGGAUACAGUAAGAGGUGUGGCACAGAAGCUUAUGGCAUUCGAAACUUUCCUCGAGCGUUAUCCUGAGUGGAGAGAAAAGGUGGUGUUGAUCCAGGUGACCAGCCCUACCAGCGUCGAGGAGGAGAAGGAGGAUUCGGGUAACAAGAUCGCCAACAAGGUUGCGGAGUUGGUCGCAAAAAUCAAUGGUCUCUAUGGCUCACUCGGUUUCUCUCCAGUUCAGCAUUACCCUCAAUAUCUGUCACAAGAGGAGUACCUCGCUCUUCUCAGAGUCGCAGAUAUUGGUCUUAUCACAAGUACCCGUGAUGGUAUGAACACUACCAGUCUCGAGUAUGUUGUCUGCCAGCGGGAUGACCAUGGCCCUCUAAUUCUCUCGGAAUUCUCUGGUACUGCAGGAAGUCUCAAGGAUGCUAUUCAUAUUAAUCCUUGGGAUUUGUCUGGCGUUGCUCAUCAAAUCGAUGCUGCGUUGAGUAUGAGCGAAGAACUCAAACGCGCCAUGCAUAGUAACCUUUACCGUCAUGUCACGACAAAAGACGUACACUCAUGGUCCAGCUCCUUCAUCAAGCGCCUCUUUACUGUUCUCGGAUCUCAUAACGCAACAAUUGCUACUCCUCUGCUCGAUAAAGCAGCCCUUGUCGCACAAUACCGAGCAGCGAAAAAGAGACUUUUCAUGUUCGACUACGAUGGGACUCUCACACCAAUCGUUGGCGAUCCAGCUGCCGCGGUACCAUCUGAAAAGGUCAUUCGAACUCUCACUGCUCUUGCAGGCGACGAACAGAACGCGGUCUGGGUGAUCAGUGGUCGUGAUCAAGAGUUCCUUGGACGUUACCUCGGACAUAUCAAGAAUCUUGGAUUUAGUGCGGAACACGGUAGUUUUAUGCGUCAUCCUGGAAGUACCGUAUGGGAAAACCUGGCCGAAACGUUCGAUAUGGGAUGGCAAAAGGAAGUCAUGGCUUGUUUCCAAAAGUACACUGAGCUGACACCUGGCUCUUUCAUUGAGCGAAAACGAUGUGCCUUAACCUGGCACUACAGACCUUCUGACCCCGAGCUCGGCGCACACAACGCCCGCGAAUGUCAAAAGGAGCUUGAGAAGACAGUCGGCAAAGCAUGGGAUGUUGAAGUUAUGGCUGGCAAAGCAAAUCUUGAAGUUCGCCCAACGUUCAUCAACAAGGGAGAGAUUGCCAAGCGUCUCGUCGACUCGUAUGGCCGUGAGGUUGGUCAACCGCCCGAGUUCACAAUGUGUCUAGGAGACGAUUUUACCGACGAGGACAUGUUCCGGGCUUUAAACCGUAGCCAUCUUCCACAAGAACAUGUCUUUAGCAUCACGGUUGGCGCAAGCUCCAAGAUGACCCUUGCGCAUUGGCAUCUUCUUGAGCCGGCGGACGUCAUCAGCAGCAUUGCUUUAUUGAAUGGUGGUGAGACGAACGUGGCUGACCUCGGUCCGCUUUCCGUGAUUGAGGGCCAUAUUCCCGACCAGAUGCCAGGGGAGCACAUUCCCGAUGAAGUGCCCGGGGACAAGCUCUGA